AUGGCAUCGUCGAAUCAUUCCAAGUUCUCCGUGUCUCCUACUCGGGUACUCUCUGGUAAGGACAAGGCUGAGAUUCUUGACCGUAAAGUGGCAGAUCUUAAGAGACGUACCAAGAUCAAGCGACAGCGAUCCUUUGAAGAAACGCGUGCAAGAGAUUCUCAAAGCAGACUUAACAAGAUCUACGCCAAAUUUCACAGACCAACCAAGAAGAUGCUUUCUCCUUCGAAGACUAAGGAGAUUCAGGAAGAUAUUCCUCUAGCUGAUGGUGAAGAUUCUUCUCAGCAAGUUCCCUCUUCACUACCCUCAUCUCUGCCACCGCAGAUCCCUAAAGACCAAGACGAGCUCAUUGUAUCCAGUUCGUCCAAUUCAAUUACCUCGGCCAACACCUCCGGAGAUUCUGUUAAUACCAUCAUUGUGUCUUCGACUCAGCGUGUGAAGGUCAAGGACGCUACCAAGCAUCGUUCAUCAUCCCGUCGGCAUGCCAAAUCGUCUUCCUCCAAGACCCCCCAGACCCCCAAGACCUCCAAAACCUCCAAAAUCUCCGAAGUCGCUCAACCGUCGUCUCAUAAAUCUGUGCUAUCGACACCUUCGCAUUCUCCUCGGCUUAAACUUAGUAUCAGUGCAGCUACAUCUUCGUUAUCGUCGAUAUUUUCACCGAUAUCUUCUCACAAACUUCUCUCCUCGCCGUUGAAGCUGACUCCUACGCGUAAGCGGAAUUCUAUCGGCUCUCCUUCUUUGUCGACUGGCGAUAAUUCCUUCCCGGAUGAAUUGUCCACUCCUAAGCGUGUGGCCUUUUCGAGCGAUCUGGAAAGCUCUCCAAUUCGUUCUUCACCCAUCAAAGGAGCUCCAGAACCUAAGUCCAUCCUUAAAAACUUGGAAGAAGAAGAUGAUAUGCCUCGUAGCAACACCACGAUAGAGGUACUACGUAAAGAUCUUCGAAAGGAAGAAUCUUGGCCUAGUGGAUUUGUUCUCCAACUUCUGCCAGGGUCUCUGGCUAUUAGUAAAGUUGUCGAAGGUUCUGUUGCGGCAUUAAGUGACCCAGACUUUUCGAAAAAGUAUGAGGUAUUUGCCACUCUCAACGAUAUCAUCAAAGUGAACAAUCGUGAGCUCACCAAGAGCAUGUUCGAGCCUUCUCAGCUUCAGACCAUUGUUAAGGCUAUUGAUACCGAUUUAGCAAAUACUGGAAGAGAGCUUAAAUCUGGAAGUAAUGCCUUCAGGAUUCGGACCUCCAUCCAGGCUCUCAAAUUGCUUACUUUUAUUAUGACUUAUCAUCAGAUUCGUGGUGCUUCAGCCAUGCUGAAGCGGGUUUCUACCAUGUUUCUCAGUGAAAACCUAUCGAAAGGUCUUGCCGCUGCACUGUUGCAGCUCAUGAAGGACCAACAAAAUAAUAUAUCUCCUUCUGCAGUUGAACAUGUGAUCUCGGCAAUCUUGCAAAUGAAAUACUUUAUGAGCACCACCAUUAUCACGGAAAAGUUGAUGGCCAUCAGACGGUUCAUUGCCGUGCAUCCUGCAGUCAUGUCCAAAAUCAGCUAUCAGUGGAUGAGCCAUAUUCUAUGCUGUAUCAUCAAUACUGAAGUUCCGUCGUAUGAGCGAAUCGUCAAUGCUUGCAUCUAUGUUCUUUAUGAGUUCUCGCGUAAUUCCGAAUCCAAAGAUGUCGUCUAUCAACUUCUUAAUGAAACUCUCAACGAAAACUCUUCAAGUAUUAAGGCCAGUACCUUGGAUUCUGUGACUCCUGAUACAAAAAUAGUUGACGCUUUGACUUUGACCUUAGUUUAUAUGAUCAACAGAGGUUGGUCUGCGCAGGCUCUGGAUAUUUGGGCUUAUAUGACUUUUAUGAUUGGCUACAAGUUUACCAAUCAGGUAGAUCUAGAGUCCUGGUCUGGUCUCCGUCAUUGGAUUAAAGUGUUCGAUGAAGCUCUGAAAAACGAGUCUGAAAAUGUCAAGUUGGCAGCACUUUCCUCGUGGAGAGCCAUCAUUUACAAUUACCAAAUCUCCAAGACUUUCGCAGCUGCUUCUUUGAAGCGGGACGAUUUGGAUCGUAAGAGAUCUAUCUUUCUGUAUCCAUUUACUGUUAUUUCUGAUAAAGCACCCGUCAGCGAUAAGCUGAUUGAAGGAUAUGUGGUACUCUACUACAGGUUAUUGAGAUUCCUUCGAACUUUGUGUAUUUCCCCCGGUGCUAAGAAGGUGGUCGAUCCAGAAUGGGUUUUGAACUGUGUCUUUUCCCCAUUUUAUUCGGUGUUUAUCAAGAGACCAGAAUUCUUUUCUGCAGGCUUGAAGCUUCUUGAGGGAGUUCUCCAAUUUUCCGAAAGACCUACUAUAAAAUCAAUGGAGACUCCAGAAAUUUGCUUCAGGAAGAUAAACCCUGUCGAAAGUUGGACCCUUUCGUGCCUUCCUAAGCAGUUAAUACUGUCUUAUUAUAACAAAUACUAUGAUAUCGUCAGCUUCGUUCUUCUAAACGAACAGAUCAAUAUUGAUUCCAAAGUUGAGGUAUUUAAUUCUCUUCUGUCCACUUUAGAUGAAUGUACCAAAAAUGCCAUUGUUUCCUUUGAGGCCGUUAAUGGAUUUCUGAGGGUUUCGGACACUUACUUGAGACAAAUGAUGAUCGCAACCACGGAGAAUCAUAUGGCGAAGCCCGAUAUCCAGUACCUGAGCAAUAUCAUUCUUCAGGCCAGGUCUAUAUUUGGUCUUAAGAUCUUAACUGGUCAAACUGUCAGUAUGAACUUGCUAGCUCUUGUUGGGUCAUUUGUGUUUAACUGGUACGGUCCUACGGGUAUUCAUAACUUAAUUCAGGCGUUGUAUCCAGCCCUUUCCAAGAAGUAUGCAUCCAUUUUCUUUGGAUUAGUUUUGCUUCGUGAUGAUGACGUCAAUAAGACUUUAAUUGAUGAGCUUUCAGAGCCGAAUUUGUCUUUACCGGUGUUUCUAACAGAUUUGGAUACUUGGAAUGAUGUUAUAUUGAGGUUAAGCUUGAAUAAAACUCAUUUCAAGGUGAUUGUUGAGAAAAUUGUUGAUUACGAGGCCAAGCAAAAGAGUAAUGUCAAAUACAAAGACAUUGCCAAAGUUCUAAAUAGCUUCGUCAGUAUCGAUGAAAAGGGAUUAUCACAGGAUUCGGCAGCAUUCUUAUUGUCUCAGUAUGCACUUAAUUUGAGUGACGAUGAAGAGACAUCCUUUGCUCCAGUAGUUGGUGUCUUUGAGACAUUUAUUAAAAAUGCUCAAAUAUCUGAAGUUGUCAGUUUGGUACAAGAUCUACCACCAAAUAAGUGUCCAGUUGAUUGGUAUAUGAAACUUUCUGAUGCGUUUGCCAAUCAACAGCCGAAUCAAAUUGGCAUAGUGAUUGAGUGGAUCAAGAGAAGUGAGGAGUUUUUGAGAAGGAAAUAUCCAAAGAGAUGUGAAGAGGUUCUUGGUCGAUUCAAAACUAGCGAAGCUGAUGGAGCAAACUUGUUGAAGGAGUUGAAAGAAGUGAUUGAUGUUGAACAGCCUGAGAAUUCCAUUAAUCCUUUAAUGAAUUCACUACCCUUGUCGGCUGAGUCGUCUCCAGAAUCACAUAUGAGGAUUUUACAGCUCGACGAUGUUCAAAAAGAUGAAUUACAGUCUGAUAAAUCUGCCGAUGAUUCUCUACCUGAACUACAGCACACUGAAACCGUUGAGAUCAUUGAUGAUGACGAUGUUAUUGAUGUGCUGGAUGCUCGAGAAAGUGACUCUCCUUCCGCGUCUACGGAGAAGACAUCCUCUCCCGAGUUCCAAGACGCUCGAUUGCCUGACAUCGGUAAGGAAGAACUGAAUAUGGCGAUUACAAAUCCUUCCCCCACACCAGGUAGUCACUUGGUGUUUUCUGACGAUCCUCAGACAACGCCAACUCCUCAAAAGAGAAAGGCCGAGAUCCAGAAGCAAUCUGUCAAGAAGAUCAAGAUUACUUCUUCUGAAUCUACAGUUGCAUCCGUAAUACCACCAUUACCUACUGCUGCUGCUGUCGUUGCACCAGCUACGACUUCUACAUUUUCGGGAUUUCCUGGCUUCCCCACUUCUAAAGAUCCUCGGUCUCCUUACCCAUAUCCAUGUUUCAUUCCAUGCCUGAUCCCAAUGCCUAUGGUUCCUCAAGGAGAUAGCACAGACAAACCAGAGGUUUUCCAAUUGGAAACUGUUUUGUCCAAAUUGCUGGCCAAUCCAGCUCAAUUGGGUGGAAUGGAUGCACAAAGAAAAAAGGUUUUGGAAGAUAGUUUGUUAGGGGUAUUAAUGAAGAUGAGGGGAAUGUAG